AUUUAUUUGAUCUCUGGCCAAAAACCUGCUCUUGCUCUCAACCCUUUCAGACAAACUUUUGUCCUCCCAAAUUAAAUUCCCAAAAUUAAAUUAAAUAAAAGCCAAAAAAAAAAAAAUCCGUUAUAGCUUAUCUUCUCUGAUAAAAUGCAAUCGCUUUUCCUCCCUAUUUUCUCCUUCGCCGUUUCAUUUUCAGAAAUCCCUGUUUAGGGUUUUAUUUUAAAAAAAAUUAUUGUCGAGUCGCUUUUCGUGUAAUAUUGUGUGAAUCGGCGAUCCGUUGUCGGUCGUUGAUGGGUACGAAGGCAUGGCAAACGGGGAUCCUAAUGUUGGUUUUGUGGGGGAGGAUAGCGUGCGCCGUCUCCGUUCCCGUUAGGGUUCCGUUAUGUCACAAGCACUCCGUUUACGACACGAUCUUUGACUUUCGAGACUCCUACUGUCCCAUUAAUUCUGAGUUUAGUGAAUCUGUCGAUUUCGUUGGUCUUACCGAGGGAGAUGAGGUUUCAUUGCAAAAGGCGCUUAACAUGGUUCACAAGAAUAGUCAUGAAUAUGUAGCAGUGCUUUUCUAUGCAUCUUGGUGCCCCUUUUCUAGGUCUUUUAGACCGAGCUUCUCUAUUCUUUCUUCUUUAUAUCCUUCCAUCCCCCAUUUUGCUAUCAAAGAAUCAACUGUCAGGCCAAGCAUACUCUCGAAGUAUGGAGUUCAUGGGUUUCCUACACUUUUCCUUUUAAAUUCUACAAUGCGUGUGCGUUAUCAUGGAAACCGCUCUUUUGAAUCUCUAGGUGCAUUCUAUAGUGAUGUCACUGGUAUUAAGAACAAAUCUCUGGAUAAAACAUCAUUGGACAAAAUUGGGCGCUUGUCAAAUCAUGAGAAGCAUAAUAGCACUGAGCAGGAAAGCUGCCCAUUCUCAUGGGCAAGGUCUCCAGAGAAUUUACUUCGACAAGAGACCUAUUUGGCUCUGGCUACCACUUUUGUGCUUCUUAGAUUGCUUUACCUAUUGUAUCCAACUUUGCUUGUAUUUGCUCAGUUCACUUGGAGAAGGCUCAUGCGAAAUAUGAAGUUGGGGAGUUUGUUGGAACAUUCUUUGGCCUAUCUGAAGCGAGCAAUUCAGUUGUUUAACUCCCUGAAGGAACCUUGUAAGAGAAGCAAUUUGCGAGGCGCAAUGAAUGCUAGAUCAUGGGCCUCUAAAUCCCUUGCUACUGUUUCAAUCGGUGAUGCCAACACAAGUCGUGCUGUGCCAAUGAGUGGAUGUCGCUAACUCAUUAGCUGGUGUGGAAUAGGUAUAUGUUUACUGUUGAAAGCUUGGCUGCAAUCUCUUCGUGGCAGGAGCCUUUUUUGUUACAGAUUUUUCUCUACACCAAUGUUCCGUGUUUAAUUUGAAUUAUGCUAUUGUAUCUUGAUACUGUACUAGUUAAUUUUCAUUUGUUAAUAUGAUUUAGAAUACAUCUUUGCCCAUGAGUGGCAAAACUGCAACUUGUGAAUACGUUACAACUAA